UCAUCAUUUCGCUCAAAACGAAAAUUUUCAACAAGAAAAUGAAAAUUUGAAGAACAAAAAAAAAUCAAAUGAACCAAACGAUUCAGAUUUUCAGAAUCCUUGAUCGUUUUCGUGAAAACAAAGCAUAUGACUUUUUGUUUUCAUCUCCAAUUGUAACCAGGCGAAACGAAAUUUAAAAAAAAAAUUCUUUGAUUUUUUGUUGGUGGCAACAAAUAUUCUUUCGAUUCAAAUGUACAUUUUUGAAAUGAAAUGAAUCGUUUCAAAUUGGCUCGUGUUAACAUUAAUUAUCCAUCACAAGAAUCACCAACAAAACAACAACAACAACAAAGAAGACGAAAAUCUCAAUCAGAAUCAAUAUCGAUUGCUUUACCUGAUCGACAACAACAAAGAAAUCAACAACAAUCAACAUCGUGUAAACGGCGACAUCCUAAUAUCAAUAUGGAAUCAACAUUUCUUCAAUCAGCAACACCACCAUUAUUUAUUAGUGAUUCCAAUCAUUUACCUAAAUUAUCCAAUGAUUAUUAUUAUCGUGGUCAUAAAAUUCAUUUGAAUUCUGAUCUAAAAACAAUUCUUAAUAAUUCAUCAGUUAAUCAACAACAACAACAAUCAGAACAACGACCAAAAACAAGCUAUGAUUUAAACGCUUCAUUUGUUACCGAUGAUAAUAUUAUAUCCGGUUUAACUAAUCGAAUUAUAGCUAACCGUAGCGAUCUAUUUAGUUCAUAUUCAUCUUUCGAUCCAACAAUUAAUCGUAAUGAUUCAGCUCCAAGUCGAAUGAAUCAACGAAAACAAACAACAUCGGAAACAGAAACAUGGGCAAAACCACCCAAACAUUGUCAUCGCAGAUCGAUACCAAACGAUCAAACAACAACAACUAGUUCAACGACAACAAUGUCAACAAAACAGCUAAAAUCACCUGAAAUACUUGAGGAAUUAAAUAUUAAACGAUUAUCAGAAUUGGAUAAUCUUUUAUUUCCACGAAUACAAGAGAAUAAAAAAUCACGUUCAACAAAUUCAUUGAAUAAUAUGGUGGAAAAAACAACGGAAGAGAUAAAUAAGGAACGAAUGAAAAAUAAGACAACAUUACUAAGUCAUUAUUUUGAAGAUGGAAAACGUCGUGUAGAUUUCGUUCUAGUCCACGCAAAACCGUUGCAUCCGAAUCAGACAAAAGGUGAAGAAGUUGAACCUAUACAACAACGAUCUGUAUUUGAGUUUAAUUUGAAAGAUGAAGGACUUCAUCUAGAAAUGGCCGAAGAAAUUAAUGAUUCACAACAUGUUUUUACAAAAAUCUAUGCACCAUGGAGUGUAGUAACUCGUUAUGCAGAAAUUAUGCGUUUGAAAAUGCCAAUGCGUACAAUGCAAACAACAUGGAAAAUGUUGUUCGAUGAUGAUGAAGUACAUUCAAUGCGUUUUACUGCGGCAUAUUCAAAGGAUAAAGAAUAUCUGUUUGAUAUACCACCGCAAAAAGAACAAUUCUUCUCCCCGGCACAACGUGCACAAGUUAUUGAAUUCAUAUUGAAACGGAAAAGUUUUUCAAGCAAACAAGAUGAUGUAACCGAAUUCGGAAUAAAUAAAUUAUUAUCCGAUCGUGUUUACACGGCUGCAUAUCCAUUACAUGAAGGUAAAGUUAAUGCUGAUUAUCGUUCACCACGGAUGCAAUUAAUACAGAAUUGGGCAUCAAUAAAAAUGGCAUUUCAUCAUCAACCAUUGGAUGAGAUUAAAAAUUAUUUUGGUGUCAAAAUUGCAUUGUAUUUUGCAUGGCUUGGUUUCUAUACAUCAAUGCUGAUACCAGCUUCUGUUGUUGGUGUUCUUUGUUUCUUGUUUGGUUUCUUCACGUUGGAUAAAGAUAUACCAUCGAAAGAAAUUUGUAAUAAUACCUAUGAUCAUUAUCUGAUGUGUCCACAAUGUGCACAUGAUUGUAAUUUUACCCGUUUUUCGGAUUCAUGUAUCUAUGCCAAAGCCACGUAUCUAUUCGAUAAUCCAGCUACGGUAUUCUUCGCCAUCUUCAUGUCAUUAUGGGCUACGGUUUAUCUAGAAAUGUGGAAACGUUAUUCAGCUCGAAUCACGUAUCGUUGGGAUUUAUCAAAUUUUGAUGCUGUCGAAGAAUAUCCACGACCCGAAUAUCUAGCCCGGCUGUCGAAUGUAAGCAAUCGACGAUUGAAUGUUAUUACAAGAAUGUAUGAACCAUAUAUACCAUUUUGGCGUCGUCAAUUACCGUAUACGGUCCUGUCUGCUUCAAUCGUAUUCUUUCUAAUUCUUAUCGCUAUGGGUUCCGUUGUUUCGGUUAUUGUUUAUCGAUCAACGAUACGUUCAUUUAUUCGUUUCAAAAAAACUGAUACACGUCCAGGAAAAUCACGUAAAAUUGAUAUUGGUUUUCUGCAGAAAUAUUCAUCAAUUGUUGUAUCAUCUUCAGCUGCUGGAUUGAAUUUAAUUUUUAUUCUGAUAUUGAAUAAUCUAUAUUCAAGAAUAGCCAAUUAUCUAACGGAAUUGGAAAUGCCACGUACCCAGACGGAAUUUGAUAAUUCCUUAACAUUGAAAAUGUUUCUAUUACAAUUUGUCAAUUAUUAUUCAUCAAUAUUUUAUAUUGCCUUUUUUAAAGGCCGUUUUAUUGGAAAUCCUGGUGAAUUUGAUGAUGAGUCAUUGACACAAGAAGAAUGUGCUUCAGGUGGAUGCCUAUUAGAAUUAGCCAUUCAAUUAAGUAUCAUUAUGAUUGGUCGUCAAAUGUUUAGUGCAGCAAUUGAACUGUGUAUGCCAUUUUUAUAUAAUAUGUUUAAUCGUUGGAAAUAUCGUUCAACAAGUGAUAAUCGUAAUCGUGUAACUCGAUUUAAUGUACCACAAUGGGAAGAUGAUUUUCUACUGACACGGUGGCUGCCAACAUCAUUAUUUUAUGAAUAUUUAGAAAUGGUUAUACAAUUUGGUUUUGUCACAAUUUUUGUAUCAGCAUUCCCAUUGGCACCAUUAUUUGCACUAAUUAAUAAUGUAUUUGAAAUUCGUUUGGAUGCAAGAAAAAUGAUUACCGUAUAUAGACGACCAGUUGCUCAAAGAGUGAAAAAUAUUGGAAUAUGGUAUCGAAUAUUGGAUACAAUAUGUAAAUUAUCCGUCAUAACGAAUGCAAUGAUCAUUGCAUUCACAACGGAAUUCGUACCACGAUUAAUUUAUUAUUUCGAACAUGGUGCACUCAACGGUUAUGUUAAUUCAACACUUUCAUUUUUUGAAGCUAAAGUUGUUAAUGAACAUCUGAAAUUGGGUUAUGAUGAAUCCAAGUUAACAUAUUGUUUAUAUCCAGAUUAUCGUGAACCACCAUGGGCUGAAACAAAUUCACGUUAUAAAUUUACAUCAUUUUAUUAUAAAUUAUUAGCAUUCCGUUUGUUAUUUGUUGUUAUAUUUGAAAAUAUUAUCGCUGCCGUUACAUCAAUGAUGCGUUGGUUAAUACCGGAUAUACCACAACAACUACGACAACAGAUGCGUCAACAUGCAUAUCUAACAAAUGAAUUAAUCUUACAACAAGAAUAUCAACGUGUCAAAGAAAUAUCGAAUGGUUUAGAUAGUAAUGAUAAUGCAAAUCGUGUACGUACAGCAUUAACAACAAGUCGUAUGACGGCCAAUAGUAAUAGUAAUAAUUAUUUGAGAAUGACAACACCAAUGAUCAUUAAAAAUCAACAACAACAAUCACCACAAUCGACAACUGCCUUUCUAAUUGAUCUAAAUAAUCAAUCAUCAUUGAAUGAUAAACAAUUUCAACAAUCGCCACAACCACCACCACCGCAACAACAACAACCACCACCACCGCCAUCGACAUCAUCCUCAUCCUCAUCAUCAAUGGUCAAUAUGGAUAAUGUUUCAAAAUUUCCGAUUAGUAAUAAACAAAUUUCAACUAUUGAUGAAAAUGAUGAUGAUGAUGAUGAUGAUCUUGAUAUGAAUAAUUUUCAUGGUAGUAGUAGCCAUAUCGAACAUCCUGCCAUCAUAAGACGUCGUCGACGUCCAAACAACAACAAUAAUAAUAAUGGUCAUCAUCAGAGUGAUGAUGAUGUUGAUGAUGAUUAUAAUGAUGUUGUUUCAUUACCAAAUUUAAAUGAUUCUAUUAAUUAUCUAUUGAAUUUUUCAUCAUCAUCAUCACCGGCAACAACAAAUUCUCGUGAACAAUUAAUAACAGGAACUUGUUCAUCAUUAGAUUGAAAAAACAUUACAAACAAGAUGGCAGCACUGGUCCCAAAACUAAAAAAUAUUUUUUAUUUUAUUUUUUUUUGGAAUUUCACAACCCUACAGCGAAUGAAUACAUAAAACAGAAUUUGAUGAUCAAUCAAAGUUCAUCCGAUUCUAGCAAUCAAACAGAGCUUUUAUGAUAUUUUAUUGAAUCUUCGAUAUUAUAAUCUCAGAUAUGAAAUCAUAACACGAUAACGAUCACUAUGGUAUCACU